AUGGAAAAGGAAGUAAAUAAUGUGGAAGAGGAAGUCAAUAAUGUGGAAGAGGACGCCAAUAAUGUGGAAGAGGAAGUCAAUAAUGUGGAAGAGGAAGCCAAUAAUGUGGAAGAGGAAGCCAAUAAUGUGGAAGAGGAAGUCAAUAAUGUGGAAGAGGACGCCAAUAAUGUGGAAGAGGAAGCCAAUAAUGUGGAAGAGGAAGCCAAUAAUGUGGAAGAGGAAGCCAAUAAUGUGGAAGAGGAAGCCAAUAAUGUGGAAGAGGAAGCCAAUAAUGUGGAAAAGGAAGUAAAUAAUGUGGAAGAGGAAGUCAAUAAUGUGGAAGAGGACGCCAAUAAUGUGGAAGAGGAAGUCAAUAAUGUGGAAGAGGAAGCCAAUAAUGUGGAAGAGGAAGCCAAUAAUGUGGAAGAGGAAGUCAAUAAUGUGGAAGAGGACGCCAAUAAUGUGGAAGAGGAAGCCAAUAAUGUGGAAGAGGAAGCCAAUAAUGUGGAAGAGGAAGCCAAUAAUGUGGAAGAGGAAGUCAAUAAUGUGGAAGAGGAAGCCAAUAAUGUGGAAAAGGAAUCAAAUAAAUGUUGUUGUGGAAGGGGGGAGACGGUGUAA